AUGGUGCUAAGAAUAGCAAGACUCACUGACGAUGCCGGCUACGAUGCUGGGAAUGUACCACGUCCACGGUUCGACUUCGGAUAUUAUCAGGUAUAG